AUGUCUCUCCAAUCCCAACCCACCAUACCAACCACCAUUCAGGCCACCGAAUGGACAAACCUCCCUACGCAAUACCGCCGCCCCGGCGGGCAAUCCGAGCAUAGUCUGCACCAAAAGCGCGGCCACCCGCUCGACUCCUUCCUCGAAGGGCCCCUCUACAUCCACUCGCUGGGUCGCUUGUUCGUCGUCGACAUCCCCUACGGCCGGAUUUUCUCGAUCAACGUCAAAACCCGGGAAUGGAGACUCGUCCUCGCCUACGACGGCGAGCCAAACGGCCUGGCCUACCACCAUCCAACGAACCGCAUCCUCAUCGCCGACUUCAAGCAAGGCAUCCUUGCCUUCGACCCGACCGCACAUCCAGACCCAAAUGACUCUCCAACGCCACUGGUCACGCGCUUUCACGGCGAAAGGCUCAAGGGCCCCAACGAUCUAGUGGUCACCUCCACUGGCACGGUCUACUUUACCGACCAAGGCAUGACGGGCUUGCAUGAUCCGACGGGUCGGGUGUUUCGGUUCGAUCUUCCACCAGAAAAUUGCAAUCACAAGGCAAACCAGCAGCAUGUCAAGCUAGAGUGUGUGCUGGGCAUCGGCCCCUCUCCCAACGGACUGGUGAUGAGCCGCGAUGAAUCCGCCGUCUUCGUUGCCAUGACCCGCGACAACGGGGUUUGGUACGUCCCUUUCCAUCCGGAUGGGAGCGUGCAGCGCGUGGGUCGGUUUGCCAGCUACUAUGGGAUUGGUGGGCCGGAUGGCAUGGCAAUGGAUGUGGCGGGGAAUAUCUUUGUUGUGCAUUCAACGUUAGGGGUGGUGUUCGUGCAUCGGCCGGAUGGAGAGGUGGGGUGGCGGAUUCGGUGGGAUGCGGGCGUAGGGAAGAAGAUGACAAAUUUGACAUUUGGGGGACCCGAGGGGAAGACUUUGUUUCUGGUUGAGAGUGAGACGGGCACGGUUUUGGUGGUGGAAUGGUUUUGGCAAGGGGUUUUGGCUGGAAAUGACGAGGAGGAGAAGUAG